UUAUUUUUUUCAAAGAAGAAACUUUUUUUCUUUUGCAAACGUUGAUAUAUAAAUACAAAUACUUAAGUAUUUUGAGAGCAUAGGAUUAUAAAGAAGAUAUUUAGAGGAAUCAUGCCAUUGACUUGCAUAUUUUUUUACUUACAUAGUUUAACUAUAAAACACAUAUGCAAAAUAAACAAAGAUUUAACAUCUAAAAAAAAAAAUAAUAAUCGGUCACGAGACAUGCGAGCUCAUAAAGUUCGACGUCAAACCUGUGAUACGUCAUAACGGUCAAAUUUAAACGGUUGAAAUAUUUUUUUUUCACUGAAUAAUGACUUAAAUGUUGCUCCAUACAUAAAAAAAAUCUACCACAAACGGGUUCAGAAAGCUUGCCAUAUAGCCGAGAAAUAAUGUGGAUUAAUCUACCAGCAUAAGCUUGUUCAAAUGUAUAUAUAUAAAAAAAAACGUUCAAAGACGUUAAUUACUUUGAAGGUGUCCUGUAGUUUGACAGCAGAAGUCGAUUCAAUUUCGUUGUAUGAAAAACUGAAGCUCGGACAUUGUGAGAGACACAACUCAACGUGAAGGCCUCCAGUCUGUCAUGCAUAGACCUCCAGAGGGGCAGGGUUCAAGGGGCAAUCACGGUUCGGAGAGGAGGGGAUGUCUCCGUUGUCCCCUUCGGUUGGAAGAGGAUUUCUUCUGGCAGGAGGCGAGGGAAUGGCGCAGGACAGGCAGCGUGACCCAGGGUUCAGGUGGCAGCUGUGUUAUGACUUCUCUGCCAGGUCGUGGAUGAUGGCCACCGAACCGUUUCUGGUGAAUGAAGACCCGUCCAGAGGUCCUGGGAUACCAGAGUGCUUCGUAGUUUCGGAUUCCUACAGGGAUGAAUUUCAUCCCUUCAUCGAGGCUUUGCUGCCACACGUCCGUGCGUUCUCCUACACCUGGUUCAACCUCCAGGCCCGCAAGCGCAAGUACUUCAAGAAGCACGAGAAGCGCAUGACGAAGGACGAGGAGCGCGCCGUCAAAGACGAACUCCUGGGCGAGAAGCCCGAGAUCAAGCAGAAGUGGGCGUCCCGUCUGCUCGCCAAGCUCCGCAAAGACAUCCGGCCGGAGUUCCGCGAGGACUUCGUGCUCACCAUCACGGGGAAGAAGCCGCCGUGCUGCGUGCUGUCCAACCCCGACCAGAAGGGCAAGAUCCGCCGCAUCGACUGCCUGAGGCAGGCGGACAAGGUCUGGCGCCUGGACCUGGUGAUGGUUAUCCUGUUCAAGGGAAGUCCUCUGGAGAGCACAGACGGAGAGAGGCUGAUCAAGUCACCGCAGUGCUCCAACCACGGCCUCUGCGUGCAGCCGCACCACAUCGGAGUGUCCGUGAAAGAACUGGACCUGUAUCUGGCCUACUUUGUCCACACGCCAGAAUCUGGACAGUCGGAUAACUCCAACCAACAAGGAGAAGCAGACAUCAAGCCUCCGCCCAAUGGGCACUUGAGUUUCCAGGACUGCUUCGUGACGUCAGGCGUAUGGAACGUGGCGGAGUUGGUCCGUGUGUCACAGACACCAGUUGCCACAGCAACCGGACCCAACUUCUCUCUGGCCGACCUCGACAGUCCAGGAUAUUACAACAUCAACCUGGGUCGCCGCUCUAUUACGUCUACGCCAUCGACCAGGACUGAGAUGGAGUUGUAUGCCUGUCUCCCGCGGAGCUCCAACAAGCGUAAAUCCAUUGAUGACAGUGAGAUGGAGAGCCCAGUGGACGAUGUCUUCUAUUCGGGCCGUUCUCCUGCCCCGGGAGCGUCCCAGCCCAGCGGCUGGCCCAAUGAUGUUGAUGCAGUGCAGCACCAUUUGGCCAGUAUGCAGGAGAGGAAGAUAAAACACGAAAACGAUGGCGUGCAGUUUCCUUACCAUGGACUCUCGUCGCCUGGUUCUCUUAAGAAGUCGGGGAAAUUCGAUUUCAGCGCUCUGUCCAGCCAUACGAGGUCUGCACGCAUGCCGUUCACCCAUCACCCGCUGCCCAUGCUGGCAGGUGUGAGACCAGCAGGAAGUCCCCGUGCCUCAGCUUCCUCCCUGCACUUCCCCUCACCCUCCAUCAUACAGCAGUCCAGCCCAUACUUCACCCAUCCCACCAUCCGAUACCACCACCACCCGGGACAGGACCCGCUCAAGGAGUUUGUGCAGUUUGUGUGCUCCGACGGAUCAGGCCAGGCUAGUGGUCAGCCGAACGGGAGCGGCCAGAGCAAAAUGCCGGGCUCCUUCUUGCUGCCUCCACCCCCCCCUGUGGCGCGUCCAGUGCCCCUCCCAAUGCCAGACUCUAAACCCAGCAGCACGCCCCCCGACGGCGGACUCACCUCACCCACAUCUCCUUCAUACUCCUCGCCAGGCUCCACAGCUCCCAACAGGUUUGUCAGCAUCGGAUCACGGGACAACAACUUUCUGAACAUACCCCAGCAGACGCAGUCAUGGUUCCUUUGACGAGGUCCUGCCUGCAACCUGUCAACACUAUUUGGAAGUUUUAUUACAAAAAAGAUGUAAAAUAAAAUCCUGUUUAAAAAUCCCCUCCAAGCCGAAACGCACCCUGAGAAACGUGAGCAGCAUAUGAUUGGGAAACGUUCGACCCUGUGUUUGCCAGCCGUCAGACGCCCCUCAAGCCCUCUCCGAUAAAGACUAUCAGAUCACAGCAGGAGCAGAAGAACCCCAGGAACACAGACCGAAAAUGUUAUUGGAACAAGGAUGUAGUGUACAAUGGCUGGGAUUACCAACAGUUUCAGUGGUGAGGAUUCAGACACAACAAAAACGCAAGAUUUUGACCAAUUCAACUUCAGUUUCUUUUCUUUUCUAAACCCUCGCUGAUGUUCAGCAUACAGGCGACACUAAAAGUCAUUUCACAUCAUGAGAGCCCAGGAUGUUUAGCAUUUUAGGCUGAUUAACAUGCAGUAGAAACGUCUUUUUUUUCCCUUUUGUGGUCAAUUACUAAACUAACUACAAAGUAUUGCACUACAGUAAUGCGAAGAACACUAGUUUGAUGUGCACUAUUGAAAAUAGGAUCGACGGUGGACAUUAUUUGCACAUUUUAUUGAGGAGAAAAACUAACUGGCACACUAAAGCUACCCAGAGACCCAUUCUCAUUUUCAGGCCUCAAACUGAUUAAACAAAAGUCAAUUUCAGGCACUUAGUGCCAACCAGACAGCAGCAGAUUUUAGUUAGUACUUCUCUAGGACGAAUAAAGCCAGCCAGCACACACUUAAGGUGCGGUCACAUUAAUACAAUUUUGUGUGCAAAUUUGAUUUUGUGUGACCGUCUUGAACUUGAUGCAAAACAAAAAUUUUCAUAACACCUGAAAUUCCUGAUUGCAUGGAUUUAUUAAAGGGAUAGUUCAUCCAAAAAUUCAAUUCUGCCAAUUCUGCCAUGGAAGUCAGUGGCUACCACCAACUCAUGUUUGGGUGAAUUGUCUCUUUAAAAUGACAAGAUUUUGUCAGUGAAGUUUCGCAACUUUAAAAUUGUUUUUAUAAUGUCUCAAAUAUCAUUAUAAUUUUUUAUUUUUUUUUGACAAGUGCACAAAGCACCGAAUAUGCUGUUGAACAUAGCCAAUUAUGUGACCAUCUUGAACCUGAUUUGAAAUCUGCUGAUAGUGAAAUUCAUAUUCAAGUGGAAUCAUGUUAAAAUGACUAGACCCCCGGCCCCCAACCAACCAAACUAAAAUUGUAUAAAUGUGACCGCACCUUUGUAGCCAUGUAAAAAAAAAUGUAUUGUUUGUUUAAAAAAAAAACAAAAAAAACACCCAGAUAAUCAUUAAAUCUUUAAUUUCAAACUCAUUUCCUUUUCAAAAUUAAAGCCAUAUGUUUGAACUUCGUUUUAAAUAGUUUGUUAAAAAAUCUUAAGUAAAACUUUUAAUUAGAAAUAUGAAACUUUCUUUUUAUAUAACAAAAAGUAUUUCUAGUGAUUUUUAACGUGCCCCAGUUGGUCAUUCUGUUAUGUAUAAUGAUUGUCAUUGUAGCGAGACAUAAUAAAAGUCCCUGAUUCAUUAGCACUAAUAAAAACGGCCCUAGAGACACGCCCACUUCUGUGUUUUGUUUACGUUCCCGUUUACACUCCCAGAAGUCUGUGUUCCAAGAGCACGAGAUCUCGCUGCGGAGCAAAAGAAUAUGUGACAUAUCAUAGCCGUGAUCAGAAGGAGGUGGGCCGCUCGGACCGCUCUUACUAAACCAGUCACCAUUCACUUCAGUAGCAGUCUACUCUAAAUUUGGUAACACGCACUCUCCUCCACAGAUUGACUACAAAGGGAAGCCUUCACAGUGAAUUAGAGUACAUUCAUCCGCUGUUUUCAGUGCAGCUGUAUCAGUAACCUCACAAAAUAACUGGACUGCCUGACCAUGUGUAUCUCACUGCAGGGAAGCAUUGUUGCCGGAUGGCGGCCGUGUCAUCGCUUUGGUAGAAAAUUAACACGAGAAUCGUGAUGGCAAUGGUCUUUUCUUUUCUAAUCAAAGGAAGUGCCUCUGUAUUCCCAUUAUGCAAUUUGUUAAACAUGAAUUCAGGUUAUUUUCUUGCAUAUAAGCUAUAGCGGAGCGUGAAAUUUUUAUGAGAAAAAAAAACAAGCGUCAGCUCACUAGUUACAAACAUCUUUAUAUAUAUACAGGAUAUAUCCAUAUAUAUUUAUAUAUACAUUUUCUUUCUUAUUUGCCUAAUAAGCUCAGUGGCAGUCUAGUUAUUUUUUGAAGUAUGAUCAUAAAUCAGAUAUUCGUUCAGAAGUACCAGUCCCGAAAAUCCAGUUCUGCACUUAAUAAUAAUUAGAGCAAAAAAAAUAAUCAACUGUCGGAAAUCAGAUUUCCGCUGAAUACGAUAGCGUAGUAAAAAAAAAAACCUAAUAAUGCAUGGCUUUUGAUUUCUUUUGUGUUUGGACAGGAAGUAUUUGUUAUUACAAAAUAAAGUGUGUUGAUUGAGCCAUGUGCAAUGCCUUGGGUAGAAACUGUGUUUGUCUCAUUGUUAGGGUGUACAGGAAAGCGUAGCGGUGAAAAUCCUUCUAUUAUAGUCAAGUCCACGCCGUCCGGGACUCUAAACUACAGGGCGGAGAGAGCGAGAGAGUUUUGGGAAUUCGUUUUGUAAUCUUUCCUUUUUUCUGCUUUUUUUAAUGUUUAUUUGUAAUGAUUUGUUCUCAAAACUUAGGAGGGCUGAAGAAGCAGUUUUUUGCAACAUGUCAGAAUAUAUCACGAAAUAAAACAGGUGCUUUUUAUGGAUCAAAGUAUGUUUGAUCUCUAUUAUACAUAAGACGGAAAAAAAGUGUUAUCACUACAAAUUUUAGAGGAAAAAACCUUAAUUACUUUUCAUUUUUGUAUUUACUAAAGUGGGGAGGGUGUUCAUUGUGGUCAAGGUUGUGACAAAAGGCAUUUUUCCUCCGAAGCGAUCGUAUAAUGUCGACUGAUGACGUCCUAAAAAGUUUAACGACUUUUAACUAGCUAAAACACUGGAUUUGUCCGGUAUUUUGGACUUCAUGCUAUGCAUUCCAUAUAUUCUAGGACUUCAGUGCUUUGCAUCGCCCACGAAACCUUAACCAACUUCCCAUCUGAACUUUUUGCACACAGAAAUUUUGAAUGCGAUUGAAAGGUAUGACAAGAUCUUCCCUGUGUACGGGAGAGGCUUUAAUGCAGCUCAAAUACAUUAAAUGACCAUUGUAAGAUAGAAAGUUUGGAGUAUGAAGAAAGACGGGAGGUGUGAUGUGGAUGUCAUCUUUUAUACAUUGAAAAUUAUGAAUCUCACAAACACUUUCAAGAUAUGUACAUGUGUGGUCAUGAUUUUACAGACCCCUCACAGGACAUGAGGACAACAGUAUAUUUAUUGUGGCCAUGAAUUAAGAAUGUGUUCCCUUGUUCCCUCACUUUAUUAAAAUUUUGGCCACAAAAUAAAAAUUUGUAUUUAUAUCUUAAUUUGUUCCCUCGUUUUUAUAAUCAUGGCAUUAGUACAAAUUGGCCAUGAUGUACUAACACAAGGAAACAAAAUAGUAAAACAUGGCUACAAUUUAUGAAAACGAGGAAACAAGUUAGUACAACAUGCCAGCAAUUUACGAAAAUAAAGUCGCAAAUUAGUUCAACAUAACCAGAAUUUACGAAAAACAAGGGGACUAUUUUGCACAAUGUGGCUAUGAUUUUCGAAAAUGAUGGAAAACAUUUAUACAGUGUCAUUACAAUUUACGAAAAUGAUGGAACAAAUUUGUACAAGAAAAAAAAAAUCUUAAUUCAUGGGAAACAUUAUUUGUGGGGCUCUGUAUAUUUAAUUCAGAAAUUGUCAAAAAAUAUGUUACAAUACAAAAACAUACUAAAAGUCCAGGCAUAAAAAAUUUUUUUUUUCCUUUUGAUUUAAUAAGAUUCACCCAAACAAAUUUCCAAACAAAGUCAGCGACCAAUCAGAAAGGGAGUUGAAAUUGAACCCCUCCCCCUCUGAACCUGCAGCGCCCUCUACUGCCCCCCCCCAUGUAAAUGACUCUAAAUAUUUGUUUUGUGAUCUAGUGUUAGAUUCAGAGCAUCAUAAAGGUUGUCCCUAAAAAGUGCCUUUUGUUCACAGACAGCAUCUUGUAAGACUGAGUACCCAUCUCAAAAAAAAAAAAAAAAAAUCCCCUCGUUCAAACUUCUGUAUGUCUCCUCCUGCAACCUCUUCAAAGCAGUUUAUAUAGUACUAAAGGAAAUUGGUGUGACUUAGUUCAUCUUUUUAUUGUUGAAUAAUUAAGAAAA